AUGACGACUAGUCGAUUGCCAGGAUGCUCUUCGCAUCACAAUAUACCGAUGUAUUACAGGGCUCGAGUCGGUAGCCAAAGUGAACAUAGAAGAUUGUCGCAGCAAAGUUUGCCGAAUCCCAAGCUUCAAGCACUCAUUGAUGAAUGGAACAAUCGCGAACGAGGCACUUUGUAUUGUGACAAGCAACCGUCAAUGUACAUAUGUCCUGAUGACAAAUUGGUUAAAGUGCUUAUACUCGAAGAAGGAAAAGAAACGGAAUUUGUUUCGAUUGUCUUUCCAUGGUUUGUCGCUUCUGUCGAGUGUCCCGCAGAUAUCAAACUGAAUGAGCUGAAGAUUGCCCUGUUCAAACGCCUCCAGUUCAUGAAAUAUGAAGGAUAUUCGUUUAAUGCAAAAGACUACGUCUUUCGGAUCAUCACUGAAAUUUCUGAAAUGGAAUGUGUCUUCAAUGAAGACGUAUAUUUAUGUAAUGCGAUCGAUCUGAGCGCUCCAUUUCCUAUGUUAUUUUUGUACGAGCCUGAUGGACUUAAUCAUGACAAAGAGCUUUGCAAGAAUAUUGGGCAUUGCUUGGGAUUCCCACUUGAGUCGCUCGAAGACGUAUUGGACGACGAGCUUCGUCAGUUUCGUGCAUGGUUGUUCUCCAUUACACGUGAGGCGUGCCAAUCUCGCGGAACUGAGGGUUAUGACCACUACGCGUUUCCCGAAGAAAUCACAAUGGCUGUAUUGAGCAACAAUGAAAGCGAAUUUGCGGCGAAAAUUCGAUCAACGAAACUUUCGUACAAAUUAUAUUAUCAAACGCGUUUCCAUGAAACGCAGAGAGAUGUUGAUAAUAUUCAGAAGAUUACAAUUCCUUUCGAUGAAUUGGAUACGCCAACAAUACUUCUAUGGAAGUUUAAGGAAGAGCUAAAAGAUAAAGGCAUUGCGGAUCCGGAUGAUGCGGAAGAUGAGGAGCUCCUUUUUCAACUUGCUGGAAAGAAGAGUUAUAUGCUUCCUUCAGACAUUCCUCUUAUUAGAUAUAAGGUUGUGAAAUCUGCGUUUGAGGGUCAUCAAUGUCCAACAUUCAUUAUUCGUCGAAAGGCUUUGGUUAUGCGAGAUUUUCCAAAGCCGAAAACUGUUCAUGUGCCAAAUUAUGUGAAGGCGCAAGAGAGAAAAAUCGCUCUUGAUGGUUUAAGCAUUUCGCUUGAAAAUAAUCCAAAGGAGUUGUUCAAGAAAAGCAAACCGGUUGACGAUGAUUUGGUGUUGUCGGACUUUCGUGCAGCUAUGAUGUGGACCCUUUGGGAUGUCGAUGCGAAUCUUUCGUUCCGUGCGGUCUCAUUGUCGAACGUCGCAUUCCCGGAUCCAUUCGGACAGACGGCUGUUGAGUUCCGCGUCUAUUGCGGCGAGACGGUGCUCGUCGAAAAACUGUCGAAGCAAGUUUACGCAGCAAAUGCGAAAUGGAAUAAGGAUUUCAUCGAAUCGGAUUUGUAUAUGAAAGAUAUGCCGCCAUCGGCUGUAUUGGGUCUUCGCGUGCUAUUCUGGAAGAAUCCGAAAAAGAAGGCCGAAUUCGUUGAGAUUGGAUGGGUCAAUAUCAGUUUGACGGAUUGGCGAGACGAAUUGAGACAAGGAGAGGUUACAUUGCAUCUCUGGGCUCCGGAAAAGAAUGCGAAUCGCGCGAGGAUUGGAGACAACGGCGCUAGAAUAGGUCUCAAUUGUGAGCUGACCAUCGAAAUCAAGCAUUUCCAAGCGCGAGUUCGCAUGCCUUCAAGAAAACAGUAUGAGAAUUAUAUGGAGGAGAAGUUUAAGUGGCAAGAGCUCGACUUUUCAAUGCCAGCUGAUUACGUUCCAAAAGAAAAUGAUAAGGACCACGAGAAGCUUAUCAGUUAUAUAUCGUUAUUUGAGUCGGGCGGCAAACUGAAUGAUGAGCAAGAGCACUUCAUUUGGAAAUGGCGAAAAUACAUUUCGCAGAAAAGACCCGACAACCUUACGGUGAUCUCCGAACUCCAUAUGAUUUGGAAACAGAGGGAAUACUUUACCGAGUUGUAUAUGAUGCUUGAGACAUGGCAAAGAUUAAGUGUUGGUGCCGCUUUGACAUUACUUGGGAAGCGAUGUACUGAUAGAGUUUUGCGAAAGUUUGCCGUUGAGCAAUUGGAUUCUCUUCUCGACACAACCCAAUUCCCUUUUUACAUUCUACCGCUAAUUCAGGCUCUCAAAUACGAGCCUCGUGCUCAAUCGGAUGUCGGUCGUUUGCUUCUCCAAAAAGCGCUUUCCGAUUAUCGUGUUGGUCACAAAUUGUUCUGGCUUUUGCGCGCUGAAAUUGCCGGACUUCGCAAUUUGAAUCGUGAUGUUCAGGCCAAAAGCGAGGAGUUUCGUCGUAUCGCGCUACUCAUUGAAGCUUAUUUGCGUGGAAAUGAGGAUCACAUCAAAAUGAUGAUUCGUCAGGUCGACAUGGUCGAAUUGCUCUCGAAAUUCAGUGUGAUGGUCAAAUCGUUUCCGAAAGACGCGGCGACACGCAAAUUGCAAAAAGAACUUCGCGAUAAUUAUGCGAAAAUGCAAUAUAUGGAUUCGCCUUUAGAUCCAACUUAUAUUCUUGGAGAGCUUGUAAUUGAUAAGUGUAAAGUGCUUGGAAGCGCGAAAAUGCCACUUCGACUAGCUUGGAAAAAUCUGAAUCCGAUGAGCGAAUUUCAUCAGCCUGUCUAUGAAAUUCUUUUCAAAAAUGGAGAUGAUUUGCGCCAAGAUAUGCUUGUGCUUCAAGUCUUGGAAGUUAUGGACAAUAUUUGGAAGAAGAACGAUUUCGACUGUAGUUUGAGCCCAUAUCCGGUUCUUCCGAUGGGUACCAAGAUUGGAAUAAUUGGAGUGGUUCCGAAUUGUGCCACAAUUUUCGAAAUUCAAUCCGAAGGCGGCAAAAUGGGCACCGUUUCAAAAUCGUUGGAAACGUCGUUUAUUAACAAAUUCAUUCGUCAUCAUUCGCGAGAUUCUAAAGAUUUUUGCAGCUACCUGGAGUGCUCUGAGCGCUUCACAUGGUCUUGUAUUGGAUAUUCGGUGGCGACAUUCAUAAUGGGCAUCAAAGAUCGCCAUAGCGACAAUAUCAUGUUGACAUAUGAUGGAAGAAUCUUUCACAUCGACUUUGGACAUAUCCUCGGGCACGGAAAAACGAAACUUGGUAUUCAGAGAGAUCGUCAACCGUUCGUGCUCACUGAGCACUUUUUGUGUGUUAUUCGAAAAGGGAAACCGGUUGAUAAGGAUUCGCAUGAAGUCAAAAAAUUCCGCGAAAAUUGCAUCAAAGCUUAUUUGUAUUUGUGGGAAGAGAGAAAUCUGUUUGAAUCAUUGUUCACUUUAAUGCAAGGAAUGGAGCUUCCCGAAUUAUCGACCGAAGCGGAUUUGGGACAUAUAAAGAAAACGUUAUGUGUUGGAACCGAAAAAGAAGAAGUUGCUGAAAAAUAUUUCACCGGCAUUUUCGAGGACGCAUUCAACGGUUCAUGGUCGACGAAAACCAAUUGGUUCUUCCACGCCGUCAAACACUUGUAA